AUGAGCAGCGCCUACUCUGUGGGUGAUAGGCCGAUGCAGCGUUUACCAACAACUGCACAGCCCGCCUCCCCUCUUCUACGUCUUCCAGCCGAGCUGCGCAACAACAUCUACCACUACAUGCUCGGCGGUCUCUCGAGACGCGCCCAAGCAAAUCCCGGAACACAAUUCGGCUUUGCCGUUGAGGUGCGAGACAUCGACGUCCAAAGUGCAACGUGGGAACCCCAUCCUUUCCUCUUCGCCACCCUAAAAACAUGUCGACAGGCCUCUCUCCUACCAUACACGCUCAACGUCUUUGAGUAUCCGCAAGCCCGGAAUUGCCGCACCUGGAUCGACGUAUUGACUGCUCAACAGAGGGAUGCGAAAUUGGUUCCGUGGGGUUCAGCGGAGGAGCAUUUGGAAAAUGUGCUUGAUGCCGAUUUCGCAAUUGACCUACAGGAGCUUACGGGGCUGAGACGUGUGGUCAUUGUUGCGUACGAAUACGGGCAAGGCGACAAGUCGAUCCGCAAGGGAGGCGUGAAAAAACCUGAAGUUCCCAAAGAAGCUUUUGAGAGGCUCAAGAUGGAGAUGGGCAGAAUUGAGGUAGGCAUAACGGCUGAAGGCGAUGUGUCGUUACGAGACAUGAACGCGUAA